GGGAGCGGCCGGGCCUCGGCAGCACAGGAGCUGUCGCCUGCGGGAGAGCGGUGCUGCCAGGGCGCUUCCCUCGGUCACAGGGACGGCGGAGAAGGCGAAACACCACCCUUCCUGUCGUGACAGCACUGCGCCUUACCUCGGUGUCACAGCCACCCAGCCGGCGUGAGACGUAACUAAAAGGUUGGCGAUUUGUCUCUGCUGCAGAAGCUGAAGAAACGCUGUACGCUGUAAAAGCUCUAUCCAAACCAGGGGAAGCAAUGGCAUCCGUAUUCUACAUGAACUGGAUAUGGAGACUAUGCAAAAACGCAAACGGUCAGACUGGAUGAAGACCCAGAGGAAUAGCUCGUUUGCAGAUGAAUUCAGCCGUAUCACAGGUGCAACUGAUGAGGAACAAGAGGACUUACCUUAUGAUGGAGAUGUAGGAAUAACCUGUAAAUGCAAUAAUAACUCAGAUAACUUGAAUGACUGGACUUGCACAAAAGCUAUUUCUGGUAUUGUAAACUUAGCCUGUUCUGAAAAUAACAAAAAUGUAAAAGCAACAGCAAAUUAUGAAACUCAUUCGCAGCCUGAAGAAUUCUCCAGUCACCACAGAGAUGCCAUAGGAACAAUGGGAAUUUCAGUUGAAAUGCCUGGAAGGGAAGCUUCCUUUAAGAAGGAACUACCUGUUGGUAGUUUUAGUAAAGCAGGUAGCAAAGAACAUCUAACUCGCUCAAAAGCAUCCAGUGUCUUUUUGCGUCAUUUUUCUAAGGGAGAGUUAAUAAGCACAUGCCAGUUAAUUGAAUGCGAGACAAUACCAGACACAUCCUUUACUGAAAGUAUCGAUGACACUGUGAACAAACCCGAGCCUUCAGAACGUGUCGGAGGCCCUUUGGUACAUGAACAAUGGGCAGCUAACUUUGAAGAAUAUCACUUAGAAAAGCACAAGGAAGUAAACACUGGUGAUAAAAAUCAAAAUUUGCUAAAUGGGAAUAGAUGUGUUUCAGAGGAACUUAUUUCUACUGACAAGCAUGGAUGCAGACAAGAAAAUUCACAGUUGAUUAAUGAUAAUGAAGAUACAAGCAUCUUUCAAAACACGCAAAAAGAGAGUGCCCUGUUUAAGAAAACAGUUUCACCUCACAAGCCCAAAUAUGGCCAAGGCCACGCUCACUAUCGCCUUCCUGACUUCUCCAAAGUUGCUUCACCAGUUAGAAUACCAAAAAGAAGUGACAAUAUUAACUCCAUUCCUACAAUUGAAAGGGCAAAAUCCUUUCCUAUUUUGCUCAGUAAAUCAUUAACUGUGAGCAACAGUCUAAAAAAUAAGAACUAUUUCAAUUCUGCUGAAGUAGGGAAUCAAGAAGAGAGGAGCAUUACCGAACUGCUGCAACAGCUAGAGCUGACACAGCAUGCUGACACCCAGAAUCAUACUAAUGAUCUGAGAUUGAAUCCCAAGAUGCUUCCUCAGUCAGACUUUCCAAAUGCCAACAUGGCCAUUUACUCAGGAGACACUGGGACAUCCUCUGAAGUCUUUACAUUACAUGCUCCUAUCCCUAUACAAUCUACAUGUGGUUUGUCUACAGCAAGAUUACAGUAUGGAACAACAGCAUUAGCACCACCAGCAGCUGAUAGACAGUGUGCUUCUACUGUAAAUCCUCCUAAUUUACUGCGGGAACUGACACUAGGAGAAAAGAUGUCUCAAAUACUAAAGGAUCAGACAGAUCAACUGAUAAAGAAAGUGGAAGACUUCUCUAAGCACAUGAUCCAAGAGACAUUCCUUUUACAAGACAACUGUCUGGCAUUAAAUCAAUUGAAAAGAUACCUUGAUGCCUUGGAAAGGAAUUAUUUAACAGCUAGAGAAGAGCACCGUAAUUUGCAGCUGCAGAUCUACAAGGACAAGUCUAUCAACGUUGGAGAUUUUGAUCCUGAAAGAAAGGUGGAAGGGGAAAUAUUUAGACUUGGCAUGCUGCUUGAAGAUAUCCAAGAACAAACUGAUGACAGCAAAUGCAACUUGUCGUCUUUGUUUGCUUCCUACGAAUCUGCCCAGUCAUCAUACUCACUUUGUGAGAGCUCUGUAGUUUCAAGCACUGCUGAUCCUCCAGAAAGAAGAGGUACCAAAACUGCAUUUCUUCACGUGAACAGCGAGGGAGAAGGUCAGCCAACUGAUGCCAUCCCACAGGCAAAUCAGUUUUCUUUAGAAGGUGACAAGUGCAAUCUUUGUCUUCACAUGUUACAAAAGAGAGCUGAAUCAACUUCUAGAAGAGAAACAGAACCUCUGGGAAAAGGAGGUCUGCUAGCAAGCAAGCAUUCAUCCAACAUAACGGUGAAACAGAGAUUCUUUUUACCUGAAGAAAAACACACUGCUGAAGGUCUUGUAUCCCAUAGUCACAGUACAUUAAGUCAAAAAUUUAAUGCUGACGAAGAAAGUAUGAAAGGUAACACAAACACCCAGGAAAGGAAAACUGGAACAUGUUCACUCUUCAUUCAGAGAAAACCAACUGAUUUAUCAGAUACCAACCUGAGCAGUGAUUCAGAAGACAUCUCAGCCUAUGAUUCUUACAGUGAUUCAGAAAGAAAGGAACUUGUGAACCAUGAGACUGAAAGUUACAAAACAUUCCAUACAAGAUUAUGUGGAGAAAGAAAAGGACUUAGAUGCAGGUGCCCUAGAGGAAGCGGAGGUCAAUUUAAACUCAGGAACUGCAAAGAGUCUGUUCAGUCUUGUGCCCUAUGUGGAAAUAAAAGUUUGGGUUCAUCCUCUUAUUCGCAGAAGGGAACCUCCACUCAAAAGACUCAAAAAAAUAAACAGCCAUAUGAACUUGUAAACAGACUUUCUGAAAGGCACAACUUUGAGGCCACCAAAACCUGCUAUUCAAGCACAUAUGAUAAAACUAUCCUUUCACAUCAAUACUUACCCAGCAAGAAGUCUGCCCAAAGCAAAUCUGCAGUCAACAUCAGAAACAGAAAUGCCAAUGAUUCCAAUGCAAAUAUUUUAAGUUCUGCUCUGGAUCAUGCCAUACAGACAGCAGACAGUUUGAAGAAAGCUACGGAACGAAUGGUACGAGCAGUUUCAGAAGAUCUAGCUGAAGUUAAAAGAACACAGCUUUAAUUACCCAGUUUCAAAUGCUAUAUUGCUUUGCUGGCUGAUACUUUAUUUUUGCAGAGAUACUGACACUUGGGUGAUAAAUACAAAGAUCAGAAAGUCAGCUAGCUGUCUUUGCCAGCUGUUCUGUAACUAUCAGUACUAAACCAAACCAGAGCAUAUUGGUAUUCCACAUGUUUACACUCAGUCUCAGAACUGGAAAACAAAUUACUAAUUCUACUGAAAGUCUUCAGUAUGUUGGCUAACCCCUGUUACUAUGUACAGCUGCCUUCUCUAAGUAUUCAGUUAGGACAGCUUAAUAAACAUCGCCUUAAACAAGUAAAGUUAACUUUUUACUUUUGAUUUCUCCCCCACCCCCAAAUAGGAGAAUUAAUCUCAGUCAUUACUACAUAUAUUUAUUUUCUUCCCACACCUUAACAGCAGCUGCCUAAGCACAGCAAAGGGAAACAGCCUCUGCACCAGAGACAUCCAUAAGCAUCGUGCUAACAUACCAAGUCAUAGUUAAUAUAUGUAAUUAUUUUGGUUUUAGCGUGCCCUACAUUCAGAGUUGUUUGUUUUUAAGAUACUUCCUUGCAUAUUUAUCUCCGUAACUGAGCAAUACCAUUUGCUGUCUAUGUAUUCCUAACAAUUAAAUUGUCUGUUUUAUCAAUGUGGUAUCCUUACCUUGUCAGAUAUAUCUGGCUUUGAUAUUUUACCUGACGGUAAGUAGAUUGGAAAAUUUUAAAAUACUGUAGAAAUACAAUGGGCCAAGAAAAAUCAUCUAUUCUUUUCCUUCUGAAAUCCAUUUAACUGCAGUAAUUAAAAGCAAGCAGACAGUUAACAGUCUUGUAUUAUCAGGGAUGCUAUUCAAUGAAGCAAUCCCAAACUAUAUAGGGACUGAUGGAAAUCAAGAUAGAAGUGACAGUGCAUUGCUUAAAAAGGACAGCCAUUUUCAGGCAAACCUGAGUGGUUUCAUCAGUUGAUGUAUAGAGACAGAAUCCAGACUCUGAUCCAUUCACACAAGCAGCGAGAAUCAAACUUGCUGCUGUGUACCACUGAUGUACUAGCCUGAAUCAAUGGCUUCUUCCACACUUCACAGCCAACGAUACCAUUAAUCUUUCUUUUCUCCUUUAGGAUCUUACUGUAGAUCCUUAUAAUUCAAUUUGCCUCUGCUUAUUAUCCAUGUUUUUGCUUUAUUUAGCUUAAGACAACAGCACAGGAUAGUGAAAGGCUCACUCCCCUAUGCUAGAUUAAUGUUUGGAAUGUCCCUGUUAUUACUUUGUAAAUGAACUUCAUAGUUGAAGUAAUUGCUGUAAGCUUCCUAGAUCCAAUAAAAAAAAAAUUAAUCUCUUCCACAGAAAUCUUUCCACAGCACAAGAACAGCUAGACCUUUUGUUUAUCCCGGGUCACUGUCUGAACCUGCUGUCCUGGGACUGAUAGCAAAUGCCUAAGAAAACAUAUUUAGUAAGACAAGCAUAUAGUGCUAUUCCUCAGAACAUGCUUGGCAAACUGAAAGCUCAGUGUCUUUCCAAAUCAGCAGUAAUACCUUUAUAUUUAAUAGGUAUCAUCUCUUUUAAUAUUAAAUAUUAACAUUUUAAUAUUAAAAUUUAUUAUAUUAUUAU